UCCACUCAAAUUGCUGUUCUUUUGUUUCAUCGCUGUGUUGUCUUUCCCUUCAGCUCUUUGGCGUAUCCACUCAAAUUGCUGUCCUUUUGUUUCAUCGCAGUGUUGUCUUUCUCUUCAGUUCUCCACUCUUACGAGUAGCCUCAUUUCACCGCUGUACAAAUCGUUUCGGCACAAAUCCUCUUGAUAAAUUGUCUACUGGUGGCCCAAGCAAUAAUACGGUUCAUUAAACUAUAAUUACAAACAAAAUAGCCAAUUUUUUGUUUUUAAAGUGAAAAUACCAUUUGGUCGGCCAUAGGCGGGAAAAAAUGUCAUAGAUCUUAUUUUUCAAUGCAAACGUUUUCCGUCUUUUACUUGUAUCCUCAUAUAACCUGACCUCGAAACCUAAAUUGCGAGGUUUGCGAUUCUCUACUAGAUAACAGAUGGUAAUCACGAAAAGUAGAUAAAGAAAUAAAUCUUGUCAAUAAAAUAAGGCAGAUGUAAAAGAAGGAAAUAAAAAGAAAUGAUUUAUGAUUUUUUUGAAUAGAAAAUCACAAAAAGAGAACACUUUGUUUUACAUUUUGAAAAAGCGAUUAAUAUAAUAGAAUCAGGCAAAGCAAAAUGCUUACAGUAUUACACAGUAGAUUUAGCAAAUAUAAUACCAAAAUAAAAGGCUCUGCCAAAUUUUUAUGAAAACUCAAUCAUUGACGGACUCAGGGUCAGGAAAAAAAAUACAAAUUAAGAAAACGGCCAACGCUGUCUUUAAGAACACUCCCUUUUAAAGAACGUUUAAUUUUCGGUUGAGGCUGGGCCUUUUAUUUUGGGGCUAUUAUAAGGCUGGAAAUGUUCUAAACGUUUCUAAUUUUAGUGGAUACCAAAAUACAAUACUCAAUAAAUUGUUCGGAAAAAAUACUAAAAAAAAAUCAAAACCAAUAAUAUCUGUCGAGAUCCCAAGCUAGGUGUUCUUAUAAAAAAGAGAGUGUAUUACAGUAAUAUCUUUUGAUUAUCACUUGAUUAUCACUUUUUAUUUAGAUCACGUUCCACUCCAGUUUUCUGAAAUCGGCAGGAAAUUCUUAAGAAUACUCAGAGUCCGCAAUUUCCUCUCCUUCCCUUUUGACCCGGGAAACAAAAAGACUAUUAUUAUUAUUUACAGAGGAUUCCUUUCAACCUGAUACCAAUAUUAUUAAACUGGUUCCAACAUAAUUACUACCUUAAGAAAAGGGGAACAAAGGCAUGUUUCUCCUAUCCCGAUUCUAAGCAUGGCAUUGGAGGAUAAUUCGACAAUUAGGGAAAUCGAUGGUGGGCUAAGACCCAGCGGGGAAACGCGUCAAAUCAUGUGAUCAAAACAAGGUAAGAGAACGGGGGAAGGUUACGUCCACGAGAUAUCCAUCUCGAGGGAAUCCUACCAGUCCAUUCUCCAGUUCAGUCACGUGGCCUGCUGUCACCAUGAUAGAUAAUGCGCUUGGCCGACAUGAGGCCAACAUAGUGCUUGGGUACUACAUCGCCAUCUUCGUCAUCGGCUUCGUCACAAACACAAUCGUCGUGAUCAUCUUCAUUUCCUCCCAACGUCUCCACACAACUCCCAAUCUCAUCCUCUUCAGCAUGUCUGUCUGUGAUUGGCUGAUGGCGGCGAUGGCCAAAUCCGUUGGUAUCUAUGGCAACGCUCGCUACUGGCCCACCGUUGGCAAGGUCACGUGUGAUUACUACGCCUUCGCGACUUCUGCCAUUGGCUACGCCUCUAUUCUACACUUGGCAGCGCUCGCGGUGGAAAAACGCAUGGCUGUUGUCAGCCCGAUGACGAAUUCAUUCAACGGGCGACGAAUGCUCGUCAUCAUAGCAACCCUAUGGGGUUUCGCCAUCCUUUGGGCUGUCUUCCCUCUGAUUGGCUGGUCAUCGUACGGCCCAGAACCCGGUUACGUGUCUUGCUCAAUCACGUGGUACACCACAGAUCACAAUAACGUCUCCUACAUCAUUUGCGUAAGCGUCUUGUUCUUCCUUAUUCCCAUAGUAACAAUGACGUUUUGCUUUGCUUCCAUAUACCACACAAUAAGGAAUCUUUCCCAUGAAGCCACUGCGCGAUGGGGAAGCGAUGCACGGGCGACACAGGAAACCAUUAGAGCCAAGGCGAAAACUGCAAAAAUGGCAUUCCUCAUGGUCAUGUGUUUUCUUUUCGCUUGGACACCCUACGCCGUGGUCUCCCUGUGGACAACGUUCGGCGAUACGCACAGGAUACCCGCGCUUCUAGGGGUACUGCCCUCUCUGUUCGCCAAGCUGUCAUCCUGCUAUAACCCUAUCAUAUACUUUUUCAUGUAUACGAAGUUUCGAUACGCAGCAAAGCGCUUCUUUAUCAAGAACAUCAUUAGACCGAGUGAAACCGAAAGGUCGCGCGUUUUGUCGGGUAUCAGGACACGGGCUGCCUCGCCUUAUCUAGCUAAGCCCAAAGAUCAGGCAGACAACUGUCAACAGUCGCCGAUAGGUAAUACAAUAAGAAAUUGCUAGAAGUUCUUUAAAAAACGGAAAAAUACGGAAAAUUUCAUGAAGAGAAUAGCGCCAAGACACUAACGUAUGAUACGUCCGAAGAGGGGAGACAAAGUUCUAAUGGAGUUAUAAAAAAAGAUGUUUGAUUCUUCAAAUAAAUCUUGAAUAAGAAGCGGUGCUUUGUUUUACAAAAACAGUUGAAAAAAGUCUAAAACAAGAAAGGAUCACCGAAAACAAUGCUGUCAUUGUCACGGAAUCUUCUAGAACGUAAAAUUACAUCAGGUAAAUUUACAAACAUAGCAUAUGAAUAACACAUAAAACUAUUCUGGUAAAAAAAACGUUAGAUUAUACUAAAUCAUACUGGGUUAAUUUUAUUAGUGCGUAACACAUAGUUCUGGAAAUUUCGCUAAGAGUGAUUUUCUAACAUUGAGUGGGGCCAGCUCUAGUACUCUCUUUAAGUACAGACUUGGAGCAUGCAUUCGUAUGCUAAGAAACCCAAUGUGAAUCAGAUAUUUACUUUAUGAAUAAAGCAUUAAAUAAUCCAA